UUCAUAUAUUCAAAAAAUUCUUCUUUACUAAUUUUUCCAUCACCAUUUUUAUCAACUUUUUUAUUAAACCCUUUCUCUACUGCUUCUUCUAUUGUUUUUGCAUUUGCUUUUUCCAAUUUUUCUCUCAAUUCUUUUAGGUCCAUUUCUUUUGCCAAUUCUUUCCAAUAUUUUAUAGCUUCUUCUAAGGAUAUAUAACCAUCAUUGUUUUCAUCUAUUUUUUGAAAUAUUUUGUUAAAUUGUUCUGUUAAUGGUGAGGAUUGGUUUUGUUGUUGUUGUUGUUCUGUUGACUUUACGUUAUUGAUAAAUAACUAGAGGGAAAAAAUUUUAUGUUUAAAUUCUGAUUUUUUAAAUUCUGAGGGUUUGAAAUUUCUGAUUUUAAAAUUCUGAUUUUUUGAAAUUUCUGAUUUUUAAAAUUCUGAUUUUUUGAAAUUUCUGAUUUUAAAAUUCUGAUUUUUUGAAAUUUCUGAUUUUUAAAAUUCUGAUUUUUUGAAAUUUCUGAUUUUAAAAUUCUGAUUUUUUGAAAUUUCUGAUUUUUAAAAUUCUGAUUUUUUGAAAUUUCUGAUUUUAAAAUUCUGAUUUUUUGAAAUUUCUGAUUUUUAAAAUUCUGAUUUUGUUAAUUUUUAUUCUUGAAAUCUGACAGGUAAAAUAGUGGGGUAUUAAAUUAUCAGAAUAAAGUAGCUUGAUUUGUUAAAUUUCAUAUAGUGAAUACUUCAAUAAUGUCUUGUGUAAUUUCUUAUUUUAAAAUUUUUGUUUAUUGUGAUUUUUUAAUUGUGUAUUUGGUUAUGUAUUUGAAAUUUUUAUAUGGUCGAGAAUUUAUUUGAGGUUUUUCGAGAAUGUUUAUUAGGUGUGGGGGUUUUGUUGUUGUUUGUUUUUGAGCAUAUAUAAAAGACUUUUUUAAUCAUUAGUAUCGUUAUUUUAAAUUCAAAUUCAUUUUUAAAUAACAAACCAGAAUAAGCAUAGCAAUAAAAAUAAUUUCUGACAUUUUUAAUUCUUGUAAGAAAAGUUUCGCAAAAAUUUUAAUAAAUGAAAGAGGGUAAAGUAACAUUGAAAUAGGCGGAGCGUUUUUAAAAAUUAUUUAAAAUGAUUAAUUAAUUUUUCUUAAAUCUAAUUUAUUAAAAAAAUAAAGAUAGUGGCAGAAUUUGGUCCUUUCGCAAUUAAACAACCAACAAAUAUUUUGGAGGGAAUGAAUGAUUUUGUUAGGCAAAUGCAUGAAAAAAAUGGGCUUUUAAAACGUGUGGAAAAUGAAGGGAUUGAAGAAAGUGAAGUUGAGAAUAAGCUUAUGGAAUUCUUACUUGUUCAUACUCCACCAAAAACGUGUCAAUUAGCUGGAAAUAGUGUUCAUUAUGACCUUCAAUUUAUUAAGCGUUAUAUGCCCAAAUUUGUUGAACAUUUACAUUAUCGUAUAAUUGAUGUUUCUACAGUUAAAGAACUUGUUAAGCGUUGGUAUAGUGAUUCGGAAAAAUUGGUUAAUAUGCCUCCAAAGAAAUUAAAUCAUUUGGCGAUGGAUGAUAUUAAGGAGUCGAUUGAUGAAUUGAUAUAUUAUAAGAAACACUUUUUUGUUUGA